AUGAGGACAGAGGGGCAAGGUUCUAAAGCCGGGAAUUACGUUGGAGGCUUACUGAACUUGUUCGACUGGAAUGCAAAGUCCCGAAAGAAGUUAUCGAGCAAGGCCAAGUUACCUGACAAACUCAAGCAGAAAAAAAGAUUUGAUGGGAAUAUGCCAACAACACUGCUUCAUAUGCUUGACGAAGACGAAUUUGCAGCCGGGUCAAGCGUGAAAGGUAGCAGUAACUACAGCUGUGCCUCAUCAUUAACCGAAGGCGAUUUUUACACGAGCAAGGCCCCUAACGUUGUUGCUCGGCUCAUGGGAUUAGAUUCUUUACCGACAUCAAGCUUUCUCGACCCCAACUCAACUCCACUUUCCAACUGCCGGUCUUUUGCGAGUAGUUCCCAUUACAAAUCUAGAAGCCUUGACUUCUCACAAGAUUUGGAGUUCAAAUGUGAAAAUUUUGCAAAACGGUCGACUGAAAAAUUCUGCACUGAAAUUAUGCCGCCAAGAUCAGCUAAGUCUCCAGUUAGAAAUUCGAGUCUUGGGCCGCCAAAUAAUGCUGCUCACGUAAUGGAAGCAGCUGCUAAGAUUAUCAAGACGGGGCCUAAGGCAAGAGAAAAGACAAAAAUGCCCCAAAGAGUACGGGAAUUGAAAGAGAAGGUCCAAGCUGUGAUAAAAACGUCUAACUCAGUCACUAGAAGCUGGGAUGGUUCUGCGGCUUAUUCGAGGGCAAUUGAUGCGAAAAAUAACGGAAAGUCGGUUUCGCUUGCAUUACAAGCUAAGGCCAAUGUUAAAACAAGAUCAUUGGUCGGCCAGAAAGAAGCGAGUGAGUCAAGUACGACGAAUAGGGUGUUGGCCAGUCAAUCACAAGCACAAAAGAGUACUACACUUAAGAAACCAUCUGCACAGAAAGGCACGAGCGUGCUUCGCCAAAACAAUCAGAAGCAAAAUUGCCCUGCAGAUAGCGAAAAGGUGCCACCUUUGAAAUCCGGAUCUCAAGGCGGGAAAAAGGUGCCAAUCGGAGAAUUUACUUCGAGCAGGCAAAGGAAUUCCUCUAAGUUGGCAUCGGAAGUUGGAGAUGACAAGAAACGUGUGAGGUCUCGUAACUCAGCUGGAGUUGCUAAAAACAAACGAUCUUUUGACCGUAAUACCCGCUCAAAAAAGAAUGAGCUGAAGGGUAAAUGUGGAAAUCUUGUAGACUCUGGUGGUGCCAUGGACGUUGUUUCUUUUACGUUCAGUGCAAGGCAAGGAGCUGGCUCAGUGGGGUCCACAAAUUGUCCGAGUAAACGAAUAUUGCUUGACCCAGGUGGCGUUGAUGGUCAAAAUAAGUUUUUGCCACUAGGACAAAGUGUUAACGAUAUACUAAGGCACACUUUCUUGGAGGGGAGACUGAAGUUAUUGACUCAGAAAGAGUUUACUCAACAGAAAACCAAAGAUGGAGUUUGGAUAGAUUAUAUAGAAGGCCAACCAAGCUCAAGUCUUGUGCAAAAUGGCCAUUCUUAUUCUAAUGGAUUUAUUACUGCUAAAAAUUUGCAGGUUAAAGAUGUAGACAUGCAUGAUCAAAGGACCAUUUUUGGAGAGAGAACUUUACUUGAUAAUCGGCUUCCAAGUCCUGUUUCUGUUCUUGACCAUAUUUCCAUUACAGAAAGUUCCAAUUCCUCAGAAAUCACAGACAGUAGUAGCACGAGAGGUGGCAAGCACUGUUCGUCCAUUCAAUUUCAAGAAGCUGAUUUAUCAGACUCAGCUUCUUCUACUUCGAAAGCAUCCAAAACGGGAAGCGUCGCCUUAAAUUCCCCUCACCAUAAUAAUAAACCAAGAAAUUCAGAACUAUUGUACAUAAAGAAGCUACUAAGCAAUAUCGAACCUAUGUUUAAGGACUAUGCACUCGGCAAAACUAAUGAGAUCGUAAAUCCUCGUGUUUUCAAACAACUCGAAACUCGAGAAGAAGUGAAUUCGAAUGGUGUUGAAAGUAUUUCAAGAUUAGAUAGAAGGCUUAUGUUUGACUGCGUGAAAGAGUGCUUGGACUUGAGGUGCGGACGAUUUGCAAAGGGAGGAUAUAAAUUAUGGGCCAAGGGUACGAUUGUUGUUAGAAGAAAUGACGUGUUAGCUGAAAAUGUGUACAGAGAUAUUUCUUGUUGGGGUUCAAUGGGACAUUAUAUGGUCGAUGAAAUUGUUGGUAAGGACAUGAGCAGCAAAAAGGGGUCAUGGCUCGACCAUGAAGCCGAUGUUUUUGAGCUCGGGAUUCGGAUCGAGUCUUGGGUCUUGAGUAGUUUGAUAGAUGAAGUUGUUGAUGAUAUUUUGGUACUUUGA